AUGGAGUAUGAGGCUAAGUUCACUGACUUAGCCAGUUACACACCUUUUCUAGUUGCAGAUGAGCAUGAGAAGGUGAGGAGGUUCAUGGAUGGACUUGAGCAUCGUUAUCGGGGUCCUGUGGUUAGGGAUGUUCGAGGUGGUUCGUACGAAGAGAUGGGGCUUGUUUUACUUGUGGUCAAAAAGGAUAUAUUUCUAAGUAUUGUCCAAGAGGAUAUUCUGCUACUAGCCAUGCUACUCUACAGCCGUAGAGAACAUUUACAGGUUGCUCGUGGACAAGGUCAGCAGGGUGCAAAAACUGCUCAGGGAGCGGGUGGACCGCCUAGAUUCUUUGCUAUGGCCAGACAGGAUGCCGAGGCAUCUAAUGCAAUAGUCACAUGUAUUAUCACUAUCGAUUCUUAUGGGGCUUACGCUCUUAUUGAUCCUGGUUCUAUAUAUUCAUAUGGUAGAGACACCGUAGUUGAUUUACUAGUAUUGCCUAUUUCUAACUUUGAUGUAAUUAUGGGUAUGAAUUGUGUGGAAAGCAUAACUCCUCUAGCUCAGGGAAAGAUAAUAUCCUAUGUAAAAGCACGUCGAAUGAUUUAUAAUGGGUGUUGGGGUUUUAUUGCUACCGUUCAUGAUACGCGAUUGGAGGAUGUUACUAUUGAUAGUUUUCCAGUGGUUCGAGAAUUUGUUAAUGUGUUUCCAGAAGAUUUACCCGGGCUUCCUCCGACAAGAGAAAUUGAAUUCAGUAUUGAUUUGGUUCCAGGAACUCAAUCUAUCUCUAUUCCUCCAUACCGUAUGGCUCCAGCGGAGUUGAGAGAAUUAAAGGUUCAACUUCAAGAGCUACUUGAUAAGGCGAAUGUGGUGACAGACACCUUGAGUAGAAAGUCUAUGGGUAGCUUGGCCCGAUUUACUGCUGAAGAACGACCUAUGGUUAUGGAUAUUCAGGCGUUGGCCAAUCGGGUAAUGCGUAUUGAUCAUACAUUGCCGGGCAGAUUACUUGCGAGUUUGAUAUCACAAUCAUCCUUGGUUGGACAGGUCAAGGCUCGUCAAUAUGAAGAUUCCCAUCUUGCUAAAUUCCGAGAUCGAGUGCAGAAUGGUGGUGUUAAGCCAUUUGCUAUUGAUAGUGAAGGUGUGUUACAUCGACAUGGUAGAUUGUGUAUCCCCAUGGUAGGUGAGGUGAAGCAGUUGAUUCUCGAAGAGGCUCAUAACUCCCGCUAUUCUAUCCAUCCAGAUGCUACUAAAAUGUAUCAAGACUUGCGUGAAUUGUACUGGUGGAAAGCUCAAAGUAGACAAAAAUCCUACACAAAUAAGAGAGGUCAUGAUUUGGAGUUGAUAAAAGGAGAAAAAGUCUUUUUGAAGGUGUCCUAUAUGAAAGGAGUCAUGAGAUUUGGGCGCAAAGGUAAGCUAAGUCCGAGGUAUAUUGGUCUGUAUGAGAUUUUAGAUCAAAUCGGAUCAGUGGCGUAUAAACUUGCCUUGCCUCCGAGUUUGUCUAUGGUUCAUCCCGUAUUUCAUGUGUCUAUGCUUAGACGAUAUGUUCGUGAUGAUAGUCAUAAGAUUCAUCCAGAGGAUGUGGAGCUUGAUGAGAACUUAACAUAUGAAGAAGGUCCGAUAGCUAUUCUUGAUAGGAAAGUGCGGCAAUUGAGGUCGAAAAAGGUUGCUUCAAUGAAAGUAUUACGGCGUAACCAUCCAACAGAGGAAGCUACGUAG